AUGGAGUUCGACUGCGAGGGUCUGAGACGGCUGCUGGGCAAGUACAAGUUCAGGGACCUAACUGUGGAAGAACUAAAGAAUGUAAAUAUGUUUUUCCCACAUUUCAGAUAUUCCAUGGACACCUAUGUUUUCAAAGAUAGUUCACAGAAAGACUUGCUGAAUUUCACUGGUACUGUUCCUGUGAUGUAUCAUGGUAAUACAUAUAACAUACCAAUUCGUUUGUGGAUUUUGGAUUCUCACCCUUUUGCUCCCCCCAUUUGCUUCUUAAAGCCAACUGCAAAUAUGGGAAUCUCAGUUGGAAAACAUGUGGAUGCUCAAGGCAGAAUAUACUUGCCCUACCUCCAAAACUGGAGCCAUCCUAAAUCUGUCAUUGUAGGAUUAAUUAAAGAAAUGAUUGCCAAGUUUCAAGAGGAACUUCCCCUCUAUUCUCUAUCAUCAUCUGAUGAGGCACGGCAGGUGGACUUGCUAGCCUAUAUUGCAAAAAUCACUGAAGGUGUCUCAGACAUAAAUUCGAAGAACUGGGCAAAUAAUGAGAAUAAAACAGUAAAGAAAAUUACUGUGGUUGGAGGUGGAGAACUGGGAGUUGCCUGCACAUUAGCAAUUUCAGCAAAGGGCAUUGCAGACAGACUUGUCCUCUUAGACCUGUCAGAAGGGACUAAAGGAGGGAUGAUGGACCUUGAGAUCUUCAACCUGCCUAAUGUGGAGAUAAGCAAAGAUUUGUCUGCCUCUGCUCAUUCCAAAGUGGUCAUCUUUACUGUUAACUCUUUGGGUAGUUCUCAGUCCUACCUUGAUGUGGUGCAGAGAAAUGUGGAUAUGUUCAGAACCCUUGUCCCAGCUCUGGGACAUUUUAGUCAACAAAGUGUCAUGCUUGUUGCAUCUCAACCAGUGGAGAUCAUGACUUAUGUGACAUGGAAACAGAGUGCAUUUCCUUCAAAUCGAGUUAUUGGAAUUGGAUGCAACCUGGACUCACAGAGGUUACAGUAUAUUAUUACAAAUGUUUUAAAGGCAGAGACUUCAGGAAAACCAGUAUGGGUUAUUGGUGAGCAGGGAGAAGACAAAGUUACCAAAUGGGGUGGCCAAGAAGAAGUCAUGAGUUAUAACUCUCAGGUGCAGCUGUCCAACAGAGCCAUGGAACUAUUAAAGGUAAAAGGUCAAAGAUCCUGGUCUGUUGGACUAUCAGUAGCUGACCUGGUUGACAGCCUUAUAAAUGACAGAAAGAAAGUGCAUUCUGUAUCAACUUUAGCAAAGGGAUAUUAUGAUAUAAAUAGUGAAGUGUUUUUAAGUUUGCCUUGCAUCCUUGGAGCCAGUGGGGUAUCUGAAGUCAUCAGAAGCACAGUGCAAGAAGACAGAGUGACUGAGAAACUCCAGAGCAGCGCCUCCACACUCCAUGAUCUCCAACAACAGUUAAAACUUUAA